AGUAAGAAACGGCUGGGACGAUGCGAAGUUUAGCAAGUUUAGCUGCCGGUGAUCACAUCACCAACGUUUAAACGUUAAAUCCAAAAACUUCAAAGAUUCGCCGCAAUUUUCUUUAGUCCUUUACCCUUUCCCAUUCCUUCCUCCCCAUUACAACAAAAUCGAAAGGGGAGUUUUUCGCGAAUCUUGAACUCCCGAGGAGAAUGCGGCCUCCUCCCUAGUCAUCAAUUAGUAGCUAACCGCUCUUCUUCUAUUUGUUUUUUUCUUCUUCUCUCUUAGAAUUCAUUUCUAUUUAAUGCAGUAGUCAUUUGGUGGCGGUGUUUUCUGUCUCUGUCUAUUGUCUCUCCCUCACCGGUUUACACACCUCACUCGAUCAUUUAUUGAGGUUGCCGACGAUUGUUGCGCUUCUCUCGUACACAUUCAUAAAUAACUUUGUCGAAAUAUAUCACCGACCAAAGAAAAGUAUUAUUCCGCGACAGCCUUAGGAUACGAUACUAAUUGACGACAACGAGCGAGAUCUCCAACUUAGUCGCCAUGGCGUUACAAACGUCAGCUCUGCCGAGCAUUGCGGCGGCGACAACGGAAUUAUGGCCAACCAUCGCAAAGAUUCUAAUGGUACCACUCCGAGCCUCUACUCUACCUCCGUUGAACCCGAGAUCUCGAACACAAAAAGCCGAGUCAAGUGCGCAGUCGACACCCAUUCAACCUAAGCUCUUGGAGUUCCUUCAAGGCGCUCGAUCGAAUGCGAUUGUGCCUACUGUCCCUUCUGUAAAGAACAUCUCCACUCCUUUCGAUAUUCGCUCUUCGAUCUCAACCAUGCAGCGUGCUACUCUACUUGCGUCGAACCCGGUGGUGCGUCGCCUGCACCCGCAACUGCUCUCGUCUCGGUCUAUGUCUACGUCAACCGCUCUACGUUUCUUUCCAAACCGCCUCUCCCCGAUGAACAUGAACACGCCUCAACGAAGAUCUUUUCAAACCGGUGGACUGUCUAGGAACCUGCUCGCUCAUAUGGAGGAAUCUGCCAAUAGAAAUCCGACCAGCGCCACUGCCCAGAAUGCGUUCUACCAGGCCCUCCUACGAGCAAACAUGCCUGCCAUCAUUAUUGAGAGAUAUCAGUCCGGACGGUUCGCUACCAAUCCCGCUGCAACCGAGGCCUACCAGAAGGCGCUAAGCGUGAUCUCACCUAAUGGCAGUCAGGGACUUCAAGAGGAGGAUGUCAACCAGACCGUCAAAAAUCUACCCGGAAACCUAACACCUACUCAGGUACAAGCUGUAACCCAGGCCCUAGCUGCUCGAUCUCGUGGUAGCAACUUAGCUGUUGCUAAGGGUGGUCAAGCCACUGGUGCGAAAGAUGGUCCUCUCCACGUCGUUGUUGAUGAAUCACUCGGAGGUAGCGUCUUCCGCUGGGUCAAAUUCCUUCUUUGGUUUUGUCUCUUCACCUACCUCAGUUUGGUGCUUGUGACAAUGCUUAUCGAGACUCUUAGUAUGCUGAAGCGACCCGGCGGUAAAGUCGAGAGUGAGGUCAAGGCUGAACACCAGAAGACUCGAUUCUCAGAUGUACACGGCGCUGAUGAGGCUAAAGAAGAAUUACAAGAGAUGGUUGAAUUCCUCCGCAAUCCCGAAAAGUUCUCCCAGCUUGGUGGCAAGCUUCCCAAGGGUAUUCUACUGGUUGGUCCUCCUGGUACUGGUAAGACUCUCCUUGCGAGAGCCGUUGCUGGUGAAGCUGGUGUUCCGUUCUUCUACAUGUCUGGUAGCGAGUUCGAUGAGGUAUACGUUGGUGUCGGCGCCAAGCGAGUUCGAGAUUUAUUCGCUGCCGCCAAGUCUAAGUCACCCGCCAUCGUUUUCAUCGACGAACUCGACGCUAUUGGAGGCCGCCGUAAUGCGCGCGACGCUGCCUACGUCAAGCAAACUCUGAACCAACUUCUUACUGAACUCGACGGGUUUGACCAGACUAGCAGUGUUAUUAUCAUUGGCGCGACAAACUUCCCCGAGUUGCUUGACAAGGCUCUUACGCGUCCUGGCCGUUUCGAUCGCCACGUAUCCGUCGACCUACCUGACGUUCGCGGCCGUCUUGCUAUUCUGAAGUACCACGCGAAGAAGAUCAAAGCUGCUAAGGACGUCGAUCUACAGUCUAUUGCGCUUCUUACUUCUGGUCUUUCUGGUGCUGAACUCGAAAACAUCGUUAACCAGGCCGCCGUCCACGCUAGCAAGUCAAAGGCUUCCUUUGUCAGGAAAGAAGAUUUCGACUGGGCUAAAGAUAGAGUAAUCAUGGGUGCCGAGCGGAAGACUAUGGUUAUCAGCGCCGAAGAGAAGGAAAUGACCGCUUACCAUGAAGCUGGCCAUGCGCUUAUCAGCCUUCUAACGAAGGGUUCCGGUUCAAGUCUAUACAAGGUCACUGUUCUUCCCCGUGCACACUCGCUAGGUCAUACAGCAGCUCUCCCAGAAAUGGAUAAGUAUUCUUACACCAUUAGCAAUUAUCUGGCGAGGAUAGAUAUGUGUUUGGGAGGUAAGCUCGCGGAAGAGAUCGUCUACGGAGUCAACCAAGUCACCAGUGGAGCUUCAUCGGACCUUCAAAUGGCAACUGCUGUUGCUUUCGAUAUGGUCGCUAGCUUAGGGAUGUCUUCUAAGCUCGGAAACAUGGAAUACAGAAGCCGAUACGACACUCUAAGCAGCGAAACCAGAGCUCAAGUCGAAGCCGAGGUGCAACGAACACUCAACGAGGCCUAUGAGCGAGCCCGAAAACUCCUAACGGACCACCGCAACGAGCUUGACCUCCUGGCCAAGGCUCUCGUCGAAUAUGAGACAUUAAGCAAAGAGGAGGUUGAGAAGGUCAUUCGAGGCGAACCCCUCCGUGAUCGUAUCGCGGUCCCGAAGGGCCCGAUGACCAUACCUUCUUCUGCGAAGCCACCAGCUCCAGGUGAGCUUGCGCCACCUGCGCCAGGUGGUGAUGGCGGAAGGCCGCCGCCGCCGGUACCUCCGGCGCCCGGUGGACUUGCUCCCUCGAGGAUAUCGGACGGGAGAGGUGGGGAAAGUGAAAGCAGGUAGUCAGACAGGUCUCCUUUAAUACGAAAUACCAGUGAAUGAGUUAUAUCUAUCUUGUCUAUCAUGUUUUCCCCUUUCCGAUUGCCUCCGCCACUAUUGAUGGUUUGUUCCGUGGAUGGUGAUGAUGGUGAGUGGAGACUUGUAUGGUUGGUGGGUUGGGGAUGUGAUAGGAGGUACGGUAACGACUAUGGUGAGCAGGGCGGAAUAGAGGGCAUGGUGCACAGCGACAGUCUGUUUUCAAGAAGGGCAGAAUGAGCAUGUGCAAAAGUAGGGCAGGCAAAACAUUUGUGUUCAGCGUUGUCUAAUGCAUAUCUUCUGCCUACUUCUGCUUAGGCACUUCUACUUAGGGUAGGCAGUAAGUAAAUACAUACGGAAAUGGCAAAAAUUCGGAUGGAAAAAGCGAACGAGAUGGGUGGAUGGAUGGAUAGAUAGGUACGUGGUUGGGGCGGGGUAUUAGUACAGUCAGUGCCUACGAAGUAUAUAUUAACUGCUGGUUACUACUAUCACUGCUGCUGUCGUGAGUGUUGCUGGCGGUGUUGGUAUUAGUACUGUUGCUGUGACUGGUAUCAUUCAUUGUCAUCAUGUGUAUAUGAACGAGGUAGGAGGUUUUGCAGGAAAGGGGAACAUAGGAAGAGAAAAUAAGAAGUAGAGGUAAAUUUAGAGGGUGGGGAGAAGUAAGGAAUAGAAAAUUAGGUAUUUUAUCGAAAGGGAGUACUUGCAGA